CUCACAAAAUUGAGUAUAUUCUGCAGAAAAGCCUGUACCUUGUAGAACUCACUAAACAAUGGGUGAUUAUCACUUUGUGUACAAGGAUGUUGAAGGAGCCUCCACUCAAUGGGAUGAUAUUCAGGCAAAGUUGGGAAACCUACCUCCAAAGCCUGCUCCAUUCAAGCCACCAGCCUUCACGCCUGCCCAAGAUGAGGCAUCCGUCUCCAAAGACAAGUCUUGGAUUGACCAGAAGACUGAAGAGGAGCUUGAAGACCUUGAGGAUGAUCUAGAUCUUGAUGAUGACAACUUUCUCCAAGAGUAUAGGAAAAAGAGGUUGGUGGAGAUUAGAGAAGCAGCUAAAAUCUCUAAAUUUGGAUCAGUAAAUCCAAUAUCAGGGUCAGAUUUUGUGCGUGAGGUUUCACAGGCUCCAUCUGAUGUUUGGGUUGUUGUUAUUCUCUACAAAGAAGGAAUUCAAGAAUGCGAUGUGUUGAUGAAUUGCUUGCAAGAACUGGCCACAAGAUAUCCAGCCACAAAAUUUGUUAAAAUAAUAUCCACAGAUUGCAUUCCCAACUACCCAGAUUGUAAUCUUCCUACUUUGUUAGUUUACAACAAUGGUGCAGUGAAAGCAAACUACGUGGGCCUUCGAAGUUUUGGCAGAAGAUGCACGCCAGAAGGUACACAUUUAUAAACAACUAUGAAUGCC